AUGUCUCGGGGAAGAAACACCACGGUGGUUACCGAGUUCAUCCUCCUGGGAUUCUCAGACCAUCCAGAGCUCAAGAUUUUCCUCUUUGUGUUGUUCUUAGCCAUCUACCUUGUGACUCUCACCUGGAACCUGGGGCUCAGCAGCCUGAUCAAGGUCUCCCCACAUCUCCACAUCCCCAUGUAUUUCUUCCUCCGUCAUUUGUCCUUCAUAGACAUGUGCUACUCUUCUUCUGUCAUCCCCAAGAUGCUCUCAGACUUCUUCAAGGAGCAGAGGACCAUUUCCUUCCUGGGCUGUGCCACUCAGUAUUUUGUCUUCAGUGGGUUGGGGCUGACUGAAUGUUGUCUCCUUGCUGCCAUGGCGUAUGAUCGUUAUGCGGCCAUCUGUACCCCACUGCUGUACACGACCGUCAUGUCUCCUUCCCUCUGUAGAAAGAUGGUGGUUGCGGCCUACGCGGGGGGAUUUCUCAGCUCCCUUACUGCAACACACUUAUUGUACCGGCAGGACUUCUGCGGGCCAAACGUUAUCCAUCACUUCUUCUGUGAUCUCCUUCCUCUGCUGGCUCUGUCCUGCUCUGACACUUCCACCACCCAAGUCCUGAUCUUCGUUGUGGGCGUGGUCAUCGGAAUGAUGUCGGUGCUUGUGGUUCUCCUGUCCUACGGUUAUAUCACUGUGGCUGUCCUGAUGAUCCGCUCAGCGAGAGGCAGGUACAAGACCUUCACCACCUGUGCCUCUCACCUGACCACCGUGAUCCUCUACUAUGGCUCCGGGUUUUUCAUGUACAUGCGCCUAAACUCCAGCUACUCCGAGAGCCGGGACAAGGUCGUGUCACUGUUCUACUCAGUGUUGAUCCCCAUGCUGAACCCGCUUAUCUACAGUCUGAGGAACAGAGAGAUCCUGGACACCUUGAAGAGAGUGAUGGAGAAAAAGGCAACCAACUUGAAACAUGGCGGGAAACACAUCAAUCCCUCACACCACAAGAACACUAAGGAAAUUGGGAUUGGCCUGAACUUCUCAGGGACCCUGCCUCAGUGGAGCAGGCUGGAUAGCGUUCUGAAGUUUCAACUGGUCACGGGAGGUGACCAGGGGGUCGCGGUGGGGGUGGUCUGUUUAUCCGUCAGCUGUGGCUCUUCCACUCCUGGGUGCUAUGCCAAUCCUCAGGAGUGCUGUGCCCCUUAUUGCCAUGAGCAGAUCUGUGGCUCCGUAAACAACUGGCUGACUACUAGAGAGGAAAAAGGGAUCAAGGGCCUGUUCAUCUGGGAUAGAGGGAGAUGUAAUAACUUUUGUUCGGGAUUUGUGAAUGUUUUGUGCAUUGGAGCCAUAACGUUUGUCAAUUUAUGCAUUAAAGCCAUAGCUUUUGUGCAUGAAAGUAUCCUUGACAGUGUCCUGCUCUGUCUGAGUUCCACUGGACCCACUAUGACAAUGGAUGCAAGCCUUCAAACUAGGGAAUGCCAACUCCUGGACGCAGCAGGAGAGUUUCUUGAAACCAAAAUGGGAGUUUUUGAAAUCACCACCAGCUCUCUAAAGUAG